AUGGACACACUCGAGGGACGGGUGGAGGAUGCGAGGAGACGCCAUGAGGCACAGGAGUACGGGGCGAUACCCUGGGCAGUCGUUGAGGCAGGACUCCGCUCCAUGUGGGCGAUGGAACAUCCCUCUUCACGACCAGCUUCUCUUCGACCGGUGACCAACGAAGGCGGCGUCGACGUGGGCGUCAACGCCGGAGGUGGCCAAGUCGGCAGCAGUGCGGGAGACACGUCGAGGCAGCGAGGUGUGAUACACUCCGGUGAAGCCAGCGGCGUUCAGGCGCGAGGGAUGCAGUCGUCGGCGGCUGCAGGCUCCUCGCAGGGCGACGCCGGUGGGCGUCGAAGUGGUUUGUCGCCGAUGUCGGCGACCCAGGUGACAACGGGUGGGAUCGCACCGAGCUACGGCUACUUCAAGUUUACGCCGGACAGGAUCUUGGUCACCCCGCCACUCGUUGGUCGACAAGACAUCCUCACCUGGAAGGAAGCCAUCGAGCCCCAGCUGGAGAUGGCCGGGCUGAUCGGCUUUGCUCGAGGGACCGUGGCGACACCGGGGGAGCACCACCCCGACCUGCGUGCAGAGUUUCGCGCCGUGCAGUUGUUGACCUUCACGUCGACCUAUCAAGUCACCGACGACUUGUUCAUCGCUCAGAUAGAGGGACAGCUGACGCAUCUGAGCAUGGGCGACGAGGAGACGGCGACCGGCUACUGCAACCGGGCCCGGCGAAUUCUCGCCACCAUCAGGAUGGCCGGCGCGCAGUACUCGACAGCGUCGUACGUCACCCACGACAUGCAGGGACUCUCGAGCAGCUACAACCUGCUAAAGCGGCUGUCCAUGGCGCCGAGCACGACGGCGACUCUCAACGAGGACAACUUGACCUCUGACUCCGACGACGACGACGCCAAGGGAGGCCGCGGGAGGUCUGGCAGUCAUCGCCCUCGUCGAGGAGGAAACAAGCCGCGCAAGGAGAAGCAGUCGACAACGUCGACCUCGGCGAAGGACGCCGACUCCUCUGCAGGCGGCAAGGGGCGGGACGACAAGACGGCGUCGUGCUCGCUGGUCGGCAUCGUGGAGCCGACCGUCUCGCUGGCGCCAGAGGCCGGGGAGGAAUUCAAGGCGGUGGCGGCAGCUGUGCAGGCGAACCCAGCGGUGGUCCUGCUCGACAGCGGUUGCUCCCACCACCUGAUGGGGACGAAGGAAGUCUUCGUCGACCUGCAGCCGAGCAGCUCCAUCAAGCACGUUUGCGGCUUCAAUGGGGCACUGCAGAACGUCCAGGGCCGCGGCACCGUCGCUUUGCAAGGGGAGGCCGGGAAGCAGGUGCUCAUCCCCGACGUGCUGUACGUCCCGGGUGUGCGGGCAAACUUGCUUUCAGCCGGCCAGCUGAAGGAGCACGGCGUGAAGCUGCAGGAGGACGGCGACGGGAUGCUGCUCGUCUUGGCAGCAGGGGAGGUGCUCGGUCAGGCGACGUACACCGGGCGUGUCCUCUGCACCGAUCUGCGCCCCUGCUCGGCCACGCCGACAAAGCCUACCACGGAGGUAGUGGCCUUGCGCGCGAUCGUCUCGGCGACGAAGGCAUCUCCGGACAGGAUGCACACAAGGCUUGCGCACGUCGGCAUGGACACCAUCAGGAACUCGGCGAAGAACGAGGUCGCCAUUGGGCUGGACCUCAAGUCGGCGACGGGCGCCGACUCACCGUGUGUCUCGUGCGUCGGCGAGAAGCUGGCGCGGCACACUUUCCCUGACCAAGGCUCCGACGCCGACGACGUGCUAGCCGUCGUGCACAUCGACUUGUGCGGGCCGUUCCGCGUGACUGCCAAGGAUGGCAGCCUGUACUUCUUGCUGCUGAAGGACCGCAAGACCCGCUACGUGUGGGUGAAGCCGGUCGCCAAGAAGUCAGAUGCGUUGCCGGUGUUCGUGCAGUGGCUGGCGGUGGCUGAGCGGCAGACAAGGAAGUCGGUAUUGAUGCUGCGCUCUGACCGAGGAGGGGAGUUCCUCGGGAAGCAGUUCACCAACUUUGUGAACGGCAAGGGGAUCGUCCACGAUCUGACCUGCCUAUACACCCCGCAGCAGAACGGCAUGGCGGAGCGGGAGAUGAGGAUGGUGGUGGAGUCGGUGCGGACGAUGCUGCUGCACAUGGGCUUGCAGCACCACUGGUGGCACCUCGCUCUCCGACAGGCCCGUGGAGGCAAGCUGCAGCCCAAGGCUCGGUGGGGCCUUCACCUCGGCGUGUCGGCGGAGAGCAAGGGCUGGGAGCUCCUCGACAUUGCCGACAACCGGGUUGUCACCACGUCGGACGUGGUGUUCUACGAGAGCAUGUCGCUGGAGGUGUGGAAGUCAGCGCACGGGCCGGCGUCAGGGCGGAUGCCGGUUCCCCCGCCAACGGACACCUCGACGACGACCCCGUCUCUACUUGCCGAGGUCGGUGAGGUUGCUGGUGAGGACGCCGAGGACAUCCCCGCUCCUUGCACUCCACCUGCCCCUCCCCUUGUUGCCGACUUGCAUGGGCUGACCUUGCUGUCAGCCUCCGGCGAUGAGGGGAGACGGGGUGCGUCACCUGUGGCGCCGGUCCCAAGCAUCGCCGGUGGCCAACGUGCUGCUGUGCAAGGCGGCACGGGAGCGAAGCUGACGCCGACCGGGAGGCAGCAGGUGGUGCAGCCAACUUCGGUGAAGGAGACGUCUGCAGAACAGCAGCUGACCAAGGAGCACGCAGCAGCGACGCCGAUCAAGGAGCAGUUGGCGACCGGGUCGUCGGCAGGGGAGCCGACCACAUGGGAGAAGUCGGCUGGGACGCCGACCACAGUGGAGCAGUCGGCUGCGACGCCGGCUGAGGAGCAGCAGGAUGCCGAGGGCAGCGACGACAAAGACGAUGGAGGGGACGCCGAGGAGGUCCAGCCAGAACCACGGCGUUCAGGCCGACUUCGGAGGCCGCCUGACUUCUUCGUCCCCGCUGCCUUCACCACGGUGUACGACGUGGACGAUGAGGCCGACGACCUGCUGUACGACGACGCCGAGGAGGAUGAGGAGUUUCCAGAGCUCGACCCCGAUAUGCUAGCUGACCCCGAGCACCGUUGGGACAUCUCGACGAUGUCGGUGAAGGAGGCGUUGGCGAGCUGGAAGGGCCUGGCGGUGAAGGCCGCCAUGGAGGAGGAGAUUCGCAGCCUCCUCAACAUGGGAACGUGGGAGCUGGUCAAACGCCCGCUGGGAGUGAACAUCAUGAAGAACCGGUGGGUGUUGACGACAAAGUACCACAUCGACGACACCGUCGAGCGAGAGAAGGCGAGGCUAGUCGUGAAGGGCUUCACGCAGGUGUACGGCGCCGACUACGACGAGACGUUCGCGCCGUUGGGCAGCUACGUCACGCUGAGGAUCUUCCUCAGCAUCGUCGCCGUCCUCAACCUCAACCUGAUGCAGCUCGACAUGAAGAACGCCUUCCUGCAGAGCAAGCUCGACCGGGUGCUGUACAUGCACCAGCCUGACUACUUCAACGAUGGAUCCGGCCGGGUGUGCAGGCUGCUGAAGAGCCUCUAUGGGCUGAAGCAGUCUCCGCUGCUGUGGUACUUGGCGCUCAACGAUGUGCUGGUCGGCGCCGGGUGGAAGAAGAGCCAGGUCGACGAGGCUCUUUACUUCAAGGUCGGCGAGGACGGAGUGGCCUGCUGGGUGCUGGUCUACGUUGACGACCUGCUUGCCGCCAGCAGCAGCGCCGCGAUGCUGAAGGAGCUGAAGGAGCUGCUGGAAGCCACCUUCGAGCUGCGCGAGAUCUCGCCGGUGCAAACGUACCUUGAGCUGGAGAUCGUGCGUGACAGGUCGGCGGGGAAGCUGUGGCUGCACCAGCAGGGCUACGUCGACAAGCUGCGUAGGCGUUUCAUCGACGAGGAGCAGACCGGGCGCACCCCGAAGACGCCGGUCUCGGUCGACGCCUACGCCGAGCUCACCUUCGACGACGAGGAGGCACAGGAACGGCAGGAGGAGGAGUACCGGCAGAAGUCGCUGGAGCUGGUCGGCUACGUGGACGCCGACGACGCCGGUGACAAGCAGAACAUGACGAGCACGGGUGGCUAUGUGUUCGUCUACGGUGGGGCCGCUGUCUCCUGGUCGAGCCAGCGCAUCAAGUGUGCGACGCUGUCGUCGACCGAGUCGGAGUACGUGGCGGCCACUGAAGUUGGCAAGGAGGGACGCCGCCUUCGCUUCCUCCUCGCCGAGUUCCGACAGCUGGACGCUGGGAAGCCGACUGUCGUGCGCGUGGACAACAAGUUGGCCAUCACGGUCGCCGAGGGCAUGGGGUUGACAAGCAUUGAGCGGCGACAGGCCUGGCUGCAGCACAUGGUGAAGCGUGGGAAGUUCUCGCUGCAGUACAUCCCGACCGCUGAGCAGCCAGCCGACUUCCUGACGAAGGCGCUGCAAUAUCCGGCCUUCAACCGGUGCUCCGUCGCAAACGGCCAGGUGCGCUUGGCAGACGUGGGCGACGGCGACAACGACGUGCAGCAGUAG